AUGGAUGCCUCCCAGAGAGAGGCUGCUGUCCUGUGUGUUGUGCAGUCCGGGACGCUGAUGAUGGAGUACCUGCGUGCCAGCGGCGAGGCAUCGUCGGCAGCGGCGUCCCGGCGCCGGUGGGCCUUCCUGCACACUCUGGGGCAGAGAGGGAGCACCGAGUGGUGGGACCGCACGGUCCUGGAGACGUGGGAUGACCACCAGUGGCUGCAGAACUUCCGCAUGCGCCGGGCGACCUUCCUGGAGCUCUGUGCGCAGCUGGCCCCGGCCCUGCAGCGCCAGAAGACGCGGAUGCGGGUCCCGCUGAGCGUGGAGAAGCGCGUGGCCAUCGCCCUCUGGAAGCUGGCCACGUCCGUUUGCUACCGCGACGUGGGCAACCAGUUCGGCGUCGGCAGGUCCACCGCCGGCUCGGUGGUGCUGGAGGUCUGCCGGGCCAUCCAGAGGGUGCUCAUGCGCAGCACGGUCACCGUGGGUGGGGGCCUCCCCGAGAUCAUCCAGGGCUUCCGGGCACUGGGCUUCCCCAACUGUGCCGGCGUGGUGGGCACGACCCACAUGCCCAUCCUGUGCCCCCCUCACCAGGCGGCCGAGUACGUCAACACGAAGGGGUACUACUCCAUGGCGCUGCAGGCGCUGGUGGACCACCGGGGGAAGUUCACGCACCUGAGUGCCGGCUGGCCGGGGAAGACCCACGAGGCCAAGAUCUUCAACAAAUCCACCUUGUUCACCAAAGGGCAGGAGGGGACGCUCCUUCCCCCGGGGGCGGUGGAGAUCAAUGGGGUCUCUGUACCCCGCGUCAUCCUGGGGGGCCCGGCCUACCCCCUUCUCCCGUGGGUGAUGGUUCCCUACACGGAGGGGCUGGACAGAGCCAGGGAGGCCUUCAACGCCUCCCUGAGCCGCUGCCACGAGCCCCUGGAAGAGGCCUUCAGCCGGCUGAAGGGGCGCUGGCGGUGCCUGACGGGCCGCAACGACUGUGCUGUGGAGAACCUUCCCCGCCUGAUCUCGGCCUGCUGCGUCCUGCACAACAUCUGCGAGGAGAAGGGCGAGGCCUACAAGGACACGUGGGAGGCCGAGGCCAGGCAGCUGGCCGCCACCUUCGAGCAGCCCCUCCAGCGGCCCGACACCCGCAUCAAGCCCGCCGCCCGGUCCGAGAGGGUCCGCGAGGCCCUCUGCAUGUACAUCGCCAGCGUGGCCUGA